AUGGGUAAUCUCGAAAUUAGAGGCGCCGUAUUGAAACGCCAGCUUGGCGAUGGAGGAAUCGCGGGUGUUGUUGUUGGUGUUAUCGUGGGCAUUGCGCUAGUUGUUCUUUGCUCGUAUCCCUUUAUCAUCCGCCGCAUCAGACGCCGAAAACAAACAUCUCUUCACGGCCCCCCGGACACGAACGACCCAGAGACUGGCGAAGUUCCAGCAACUGGAGCCCCCGGGAUAGACGACAAUCAACGCCGCUUGUCCUCACAAGACUCUUUCAAACCUUCUGGAGAAAAUACGCGUGGGGGAGUUGAUGGAUCCGUCAAAGACUUGGACUGGACAGCCCACGAUGGCUUUUUACAGCAAACUAAUGGACAAGGUCAACCAGACUAUAUUCCCCGAAUCGACACAAAUUUACCUUCUUAUGGCUUUGGAAAUGCUCAGCCAACUGCCAACGACUCAAUACCGCGCUCAGCACCGUUCGGCUCCGACGAGAAUCAUCAUGAAGAGUACAUGCCGCAGUCUAUUGGCGAUGCACCCCGGGCUGUUCUUAAUGGGACCAGUGCGGAUUACUAUAGCCCAUCAGUCCCCUCGGAGGCAUUUGGCAUGUUUUCGACUGAGGAAUCCCGACCUCAACCUGAACGCUCGUGGUCGCGCGGGAGCUCCUUGAGAUAUAAUUUAAAACAGAUGUUUAGUCGCAAGAGCACGCGCGAUCAGUCUCUGAACUCACCAACAUCGGAAUGCCUGGCUGAAAACCUCGAAAGCAUACCAAGAGCACAGGAUGGAAGUCUUCAACGGAUCACGACAGCAGGAAGACCGACCGAAUCUCCUACUGACAUGACUGCUCCGGCGACUGAUUCUUUGCCGGUACCUUCGUCUACCCAAGCCUUGGGCUCCCCGAUCGCUUUACCAUCUACCCUGCCAAAGGGGGCUGUGCAAAGUCCCCCAGAUUCCCCACCGACCACUUUCAACUUCAACGCGUCCCAAUCCCCUCCUAGCCAUCCCGCACCUGGUACCGUGAACCCUAUGGAUAUCAUGCCUGCAUCGACAGAAACCGAAGUAUGGCACAGGAAUGACUACCAAUUAUUUGUAUCGCAAUCCUCACCCAACCAGCCGCCCCCCUCAGCUGGGCCUGCCACACAUGAAGGACCUGUGGACUCGCCGUCGCCGUUAACCCUCCCUCCUAGUGAUCCUCAACCUCAACCUCAACCUGUGCCCAUAGUUCACUCACCUACACCAACCCAGAGUCAAAUAGCGUUUAAAACGGAGGUCGAUGACAAUCAAGAUAUCUCUAUGUCUGAAAUUCCAACGGCCAACCACUUGAGUCCUCUCCCCGACAGUAGUAUUCGACACCCAAGCUAUCCCUCCGAUGCGUCCACCCCCCUGCCUGGACCGGCAUUCACCAACCCGUCAUCGCUCAGUACACCUGCGACACAGCUUGAUACUCCUUCACCUCACUCUGGUACAUCUUCCGACUACCGACAUAGCGUGUCACCAGGAAACGCCGUGAGCAACCCGUCACCGAGUAUUGGUUCACACGCAUGUGAUGAGCCUGGCUGUAACCAGGUGUUCGAUCAGCCACACAAGCUCAAGCAUCAUCAACGAUAUCAUACAAAAGACCACAAAUGCCCUUACCCGAACUGUGGCAAGGGAUUCGGGACCAAGACACAUCUCCAGCGGCAUGUCAAUGAUCGACACGAAAGAAAGAAAAAGUUCCACUGCGCUGUGCAAGGCUGCGACUACUCAAGGCAAGGAGGAAAGGGAUUCCCUCGCAAGGAUAACUGGAAACGGCAUAUGACAAAGAUUCACAAUAUGGAUCAGAGACACCUCCCAGAACCUGUGGAAGUCGACCAGGAGAUGGGCGGCACAUAA